AUGGUUAUACCUGAACACCCUCUGCAAGAUACCAAGCAAAAGAAGAAAGAACAGCAACAAGUUUCCGCAACAGCAUGUUCGAAUUGUGGCACUACCACUACGCCUCUAUGGAGAAGAGCACCUAAUGGAGACACUAUUUGCAAUGCCUGUGGUCUCUAUCUCAAAGCGAGAAACACACUGCGCCCGCCUUCCAUGAAACGCAACUUUAAGAGCAAACAGGACCAGUUACAGGAACAAAUGACACAUAAUACAAUCAAUGCAGCAGAGGCCUUGGCGGGUACAUGCCCAGGCGGUGGCCAAUGUAAUGGCACGGGUGGCUCUCCCUCUUGCGAGGGCUGCCCUGCUUUUAAUCAGCAUCAAGUGAAUCGACAUGCUUUGAUCUGUGCUAAUUGCCGCACCACAACAACACCCUUAUGGAGACGAGAUGAAGAAGGCAAUACGAUUUGCAAUGCUUGUGGUUUAUAUUACAAAUUACACAAUGUGCAUCGACCUGUCAGUAUGAAACGUAGUGUGAUUAAGCGCCGCAAGAGAAUCAUUGUCAACGAGCAUGGAGAGGGCGAGGAAGAAGAGGAUGAGCUAGAGUCUUCAUCAGAGGGGGACCCUGUGGAUAGUGACGAUGAGGAGAAGGUCAAACAAGCAGCGGAGAAAAAGGAAAAGAAGAAGAGAAGAGUCGUCAAUACUACCGUAACAAACAUUCGACGUGGAUCAAAUAGCAAUGCUGCUGUACCUCCCAUUGAAGACUAUAUUGAGCCAAAAAGAGCAUCCUAUCAAGCGCCUUUUCAUUAUGCAACACCUCCUCAGGCGCCUCCAUCACAACCAAGAUUACCUCCACCACCCAGAACGCCACCCACUGCAUUUCAUCAGCCAGCAGUAGCAGCAACCACAUCAGCUACAGCUAGAAAUCUACCCUUGAUUCAUGAUAUCAAUCGCUCGUUACCUCCACCUGCUGCUGCGAGUCGGUUUGAUCCCUUGUCUGAUUAUAGAUCUACUUCAUCGCCACAGCCAUUAUUGUCGCAUUCAUCGCCUACAUCGCAGCCGAUGCAUCAGAAAAUUGUAAAUCUACCGCCCAUUGCAGCUAUUGGGCCCACCGCUGCUGCUGCUGCUGCUGCUGCUGCAGGGCCACCAUCCGCGCAACCACCACCAUCAAACAAUCCCUAUGCUGAUCUGACUGAAUUCGACCAUGCCAUGACCCGAUUAGAAAGAUUAAGACGUAGAGUGCCACCCGAGCAAUGUCAGGUCCUGUCACGAUUGACCAACUCUUUAGAAGACAUUGUUGCUCAAGCCGAAAAUAUACUACAGUCAACUCAUGCUACUAUGAAUACUCUACAACGACAACAACAACAGCAACAUUACCAACAUCACCUACAGACAACCCAGCAAUAA